CUCCCGCUCAACUCCCUAAAUACCCUUCCUGACCAUCUUCUUUCUUUCCCAAAUCUUUUUCUUCUCUUUCAACAGAUUUCAUUUCUGAAGCAUGGCUGCCAGGGCUCAGUUCUUGAGGGAGUACAAGCUCGUCGUCGUAGGUGGUGGUGGUGUUGGAAAGUCGGCCCUGACUAUUCAGUUCAUCCAAUCCCACUUCGUGGAUGAAUAUGACCCGACUAUCGAAGACUCGUACAGAAAACAGUGCAUCAUCGACGACGAGGUCGCACUCCUCGACGUUCUCGAUACCGCCGGACAGGAAGAGUAUGGAGCCAUGCGGGAGCAAUACAUGCGCACGGGCGAAGGCUUCCUUCUCGUCUACUCUAUCACCUCCAGAAACUCGUUUGAGGAAAUCAGCAUUUUCCACCAACAAAUUUUGCGAGUCAAGGACCAGGAUUCCUUCCCCGUCAUUGUUGUGGCUAACAAGUGCGAUCUCGAAUAUGAACGUCAAGUUGGCAUGAACGAGGGGCGUGAUCUCGCCAAACACUUUGGUUGCAAAUUCAUCGAAACCUCGGCCAAGCAACGAAUCAACGUCGACGAGGCAUUCAGCAACCUCGUUCGGGAGAUUCGCAAGUCAACAGGGAACAACAAACCGGUCGUCCUGCCAUCGCAGCAGGUGGAGGUGGUCCAGCCGGCUCCUACACCCAGGACAGGCACCACGAUGAGGCACCUGGAUGCUGUGCCGGAUGUGUUAUUGCCUAAACGCCACGCCGAGUUGGGGUCCAUUGUCGACCCCUAUCGAUGUCCACCACUGCCGACCACCAUUCCUACGUUCCCUUCCUACGUGCUAUCCCUCGUUCACCAUCUCCUUACCAUUGCUUUAUAUUCCCCGUAUUCUCACCCUUUCGAUCUCUAGUAUUCACCGUUGUUCCUGCUUUCUGCUGUGUUUCGUUUUCAUUCAUUUCAUGUGGCCCUGCCGUUUGCAAGUCC